UUAAUCGUGUAUUCAUUCAUCCCUCUUUCAGGCAGGGGUACGGUGGUGACUGGCACUUUGGAGAGGGGUGUCAUUAAGAAGGGCGACGACUGUGAGUUUGUGGGGCACAACCGUGCCUUUAAGUCUGUGGUCACUGGCAUUGAGAUGUUCCACCAGUCUCUGGACAGAGCAGAGGCAGGAGAUAACCUGGGGGCUCUGGUCCGAGGGCUGAAGAGGGAGGACAUUAGGAGAGGGAUGGUUAUGAGCAAACCAGGCUCCAUCCAGCCCCACCAGAAAGUCCAGGCCCAGGUCUAUGUUCUGAGUAAGGAGGAGGGAGGCAGACACAAGCCCUUUGUCAGUAACUUCAUGCCAGUCAUGUUCUCCCUCACCUGGGACAUGGCCUGCAGGGUCUACCUGGCAGGAGACAAGGACAUGGUGAUGCCAGGUGAAGACACAUCUCUGACCCUCACGCUGCGCCAGCCUAUGAUUCUGGAGAAAGGUCAACGGUUCACUCUCAGAGAUGGCAACAAAACUAUUGGCACCGGCCUGGUUACUGACAUACUGACCACCACAGAGGAAGACCAACACAACUGGGGCUGAGGAGAGAGCAGAAAAUAUGGGAGGGGGACUAAUGGUGGGGGAGGAAGUAUCUAGCUGUCCAAUAUAUUGGUCUUUAGACACACACACAGCAGUAAGGAGCUGCUGAGACUGCAUGUCUCUCUGCUUUACUGACCAACAAUGAGAUGUUCAUAGUUGUCUUUCUGUGAAAAGGCCAGACUGUCAUUGUCCGCUUGUGUAAUAAAAUGUAUUUAAUAGUAAAA